UUUCGCUAUCCCGCGUUGAGAAUAAACACUUAAACAGUAUUAGAAGGCCGCUUCGCGCGGACAGCGGUCUGUGUCGCGGGCAACCAAGCGAAACUAAAUUUAUAAGUAAAUUUAAUAUAAAGCCUAUAGGAUUUUUAGAUUAAUAUGCUUAAUGUCUAAGCCUCGAUUGUAAAAAAAUAUAAUUAUGAAAAAAAAAGUGAUAUUAACCGUCUAAGUUGACAAGACACGUGUCAUGCAUUGUUUGCACGCUAGUUGUCUUUUUCAAUAAAGUCGGUUAAUAAUUUGACAGUUCAAUGAAAACAUUUGCACAACUUUUUUUGUAGUUUAUUUUAUCCGCUUCAUAAGUUCUUAUUCAGUUGAUAUUUUGUAGUUUUUGUUAUGAAGUUUUGAAACAGUGAUAACGGGAUUGCAAUGUAGUGUUGCAAAAAGGAUAUAGAUCAUGCCCCAACAUCGAUAUAUUAACCAUUUGAAUGAAAUAAUUUAAAAUUCUAUAGAAAAUAUUUGUACUGCGAACGUAAAAAGCGAGUGUUUUACUAAAAUACUAUGUGAUAACUUUGUAUGUAGUUAUUAGGCCAGUAUUAGUUCGUAAAAUGGUGCUACAUGGAGGUUGUGAGACAGAGAUACAAAGAUUUGACCAUGAAGCCAUCAUAUAGCGAAGGUGGUGUCGGCACAAGCUACACUUAAUGGUUUUCAUGGAUGAGCGGGAGGGCGCGGGGCGUCGAGAGGACGCCGUGCUGCCCACUACCAUGGAGGCUUGCGGCCCCCCGGUACAAAUGGAGCCGGUGGACUUGAGCCUCAAACGACCCCCCACUCCUAGGAGACGCGGCCGGCCUCCUGCCAGCGCAAUGCCUACAUCAUCGAAGAUCAACAGAGAACUGCCGCCCACGCAACUCCCUAUUGAAUUGAGUCACGAGAUACCGAAAAUCAAGGUGGGCCCGGAUCUCCGCAACGCGAGAAAACCUCAACACAGCACGACAAAAUUAAAACCACCACAUCAAGAUAAAUACCCGUUGAUACCACCCCACCUAAAACCCGGCUACAACCCCGAACUGAAGAACUUCUUCCUAAAUACCGCGCUCCAGCUCUCCGGCCUCAGCCAGCUGAAGAAAGAAGAAGAACAGGACAGAAGGAGACUGCACAAGUGCGAUGUGGCGGGGUGCCUUAAGGUGUAUACUAAGAGUUCGCAUCUGAAGGCGCAUAAGAGGACGCAUACAGUUCUCCGGGUUCAGACAGCUGCAGAAGGAAGAAGAACAGGAGAGAAGGAGACUGCACAAGUGCGAUGUGGCGGGGUGCUACAAGGUUUAUACUAUGAGUUCGCAUCUGAAGGCGCAUAA